AACAAAAUUAGUUCAAUUAAAAAUGUGAUAAGAGCAUAAAGAAAACCAGUUUACUAGUUUCUAUUGACGUUUUUGACUAAUUUCUGAAAAUGGCAGAGACUAGCAAAUCAGCCGUAGCAAACAGCAUACUGGCCGUGAAACAGAAGUCCGGCAAGAGCUACAGUCAGAUAGCGGAGGAGACUGGCCUCACAAACGUGUACGUGGCGCAGUUACUGAGAGGCCAAGCCCAACUCAAGCCUGAAACCGCCCCUAAGCUCCGAGCAGCACUGCCGGAUCUAACCGAUGAGCUUAUUAAGGAGAUGAUGAAACCACCCAUGAGAUUCUACGACCCGAACUUGCUCCAAGAACCAACUGUUUACAGGUUGAAUGAAGCAGUUAUGCAUUUUGGUGAAAGCAUUAAAGAAAUUAUCAAUGAAGAGUAUGGUGAUGGCAUUAUGUCGGCCAUAGAUUUCUACUGCUCUGUUAACAAAGUGAAAGGGGUGGAUGGAAAGGAUCGUGUGGUUGUGACAUUUGAUGGCAAGUAUUUGCCUUACUCGGAGCAGAAAAUAGAGCACAUGACUUCGCUACCAAGGUUUAAUGAAAAGAAAUAAAUCCGGAUUUAUGAUGCUAAUGCGAGAAGCUCAUUGUCCUUAUUAAAGUGUACAUGGAGUCCUCAGGGUAAGUAUUACCUUUAUGUGGGCUCUGUAGAAUGGUAUAUAUAUACCCUUUUUAUUUGGAGGGAGGCUACUAUUGGUUCUUAAAAUAAACAGAAUGAACUUGAUUGCUGAACAAUGUACAUUAUGGGAUCAAAAUGAAUAAAAGGUUGCAGAACCUCUAGUAAAUUUCAACA